GGAAACCUGUAAAACAUCAGGACCACAUGCUGUCAACCUGUGGACACUGGAGGACCAUAUAGGACCAAGGACAGUGUCCAACCUGACGCCCUCAAAGCUCCAUGCAAACAUGCAUUUCUAUAUUAUUGGACUUUAUCUAAGACAGGGUUUUGUAAAAGGUCUGAGAGGAGAAUUAAUUUGUGGUUGACCCCUGGGCAGGUCACAUGUCUCUCAAACAUGACAGGAGACAGUGAGUCAAAAUGUAGUUUUAUUAUUCGAGCUUAUGUCUUAGUCACAUGAUGGAUAUUCCUCAUAAAGUUGUAUUUAGUUGCUGUUUCUGCAGCGGAGGACUGUUGAUCUGGACCUGAUGGAACUCUGAGAUGGCCCAACGGUGCACCUACAGCAGCGUCCAGAUCCCGGACCCUUACCGGCCCGGCGUCUGGACCACCUGCAUCAGGAUCACCAGUCCAACCUCCCUGAUCGGCUCCUCAUCCGGGCCCCCACCUGACUACGACCCUGGCAGCAGGGUUACAGUCACUCCAACCAGGAGCACGGCGGGUCGUCGCUUCACCUGGAGGGCUUUCCUCAUCCAGGACCCCAACCUGCCCGGCGGCCCCCGGAUCAUCCUCCGUAGGACCCCAGCCUCAAAACCCAGGACUGGCUCCUCAACUCUCUGUGACCCUGGGUCUUCUGCUACGUCUCCUCCUUCCUCUUCUCACUCCUCUUGUAUCUUCUCCUCUCCCUCUUCUUCAAGCUCCUCCUCUAGCUCCUCUUCUAGCUCUUCCUCUAAAUCCUCUUCUAGUUCCUCCUCUAGCUCCUCCUUCAGCUCCUCUUCUAGUUCCUCUUCUUCAAGCUCCUCCUCUAGCUCCUCCUUCAGCUCCUCUUCUAGUUCCUCUUCUAGCUCUUCCUCUAAAUCCUCUUCUAGUUCCUCCUCUUCCAGCUCCUCCUCUUCCUCUUCUUCAAGCUCCUCCUCUUCCUCUUCCCGUAGCAUCCCCCCAACUUCCCCCCAAAGACGACGCAAGAGAAGCUCCUCUGAUCCACCUGAGGGACCAGGUGAGUGUUUUAAGGUAAGUCCCAGUGAGCGUCGUGGGCAACCUGAGCCAGAAUCGAGAAACCAGUUAAACAGCUGGUGGUGCAACAGGGGCACUGAACCUCAAGGUAAGGUAAAGCACCAGGACCAAGGUGGGCCUUCAAAGGUAAGCCCACCUAAAUCACCUCAGCGACCUGGUGGACCUGUAAAGGUAAGUCCCAGUGAUGGUCGGCCGUUGUGGGACCUUCCUGAGCCGGAGUGGGCGGGACAUGAGGCUCUAUCUGGAGUGGAGGAACCAGUUCGACAGCUGGUGGUGCAACAGGGGCACUGA